AUGAUCCCCCCGCACAACUCCCUCGUGAAGUAUGACAAUCCGAUACUCGUGAGCACGACCGGCAACCGAGGCGGGAAGGGAGCAAAGAAGAAAGGGCAGGCGCCAACUGUCGAGCGACCAUCCUCGCAAACGGAGGAUAUCCUCAACUCUAUCUUGCCGCCGAGGGAAUGGACUGACGACGGGCAGCUCUGGGUGCAGUAUGUGUCGAGCACGCCGGCGACCCGACUAGACGUUACUAACCUUCAGGAACAGCUAGACCAGAAGCUACAACAGAGACAAGCGAGGGAAACAGGGAUCUGCCCCGUUAGAGAGGAGUUGUAUUCGCAGUGCUUUGACGAGCUGAUUAGACAGGUGACAAUAAACUGUGCUGAACGAGGGUUGCUGCUACUCCGCGUGCGGGACGAGAUCCAUAUGACCAUAGCCGCGUAUCAGACGAUGUACGAGUCGAGCAUUGCCUUCGGCAUCCGGAAGGCGCUCAUCGCUGAGCAGCGCAAAGCAGAAAUGGAGGCAAAGAUCCGGCAGUUGCAGGAAGACAAAGCCGACCUAGAGCGCCAGGUGACAGAGCUCAGCGCCAAGUGCGAGCAGGUCAAACCACGGGAGGCGGAAAGGUACGAAGAAGACACACGAAGUCGCUUCAGUAGUUAUGCGGUAGAGGUCUAG